GCUAUAUUUCGAGAGGUUCGCAAACUUAGUGUUAAAACGCGUGAGGCCUACGAACUUUAGAGUAAAAUGUCCAAAUCUCUCCCACGGCAAGAGCCCCGGAAUUUCCCUCCCUCCGAGCCUUAACAAAAGCUAAUCUUGACGACACACGACACUAAGACAUCGAGCGUUCCGAUCCGAAGCGACGCCGCAUAGAAAUGCUCCAGUUCCAGUCUUUCCACUUGGCCGCGCUGCUGCUCCUCCUGCUGCUGCUCGGCGGCGCGGCCAGUGCCGGCGAUGGCGGCCGGUUCGUCUACAAUGGCUUCGCGGGCGCGAACCUCACCCUCGACGGCGUGGCCGCCGUGACGCCGGCCGGCCUCCUGGUGCUGACCAACGGCAGCCUCCAGGGGAAGGGCCACGCGCUGCACCGGUCCCCGCUGCCGUUCCGUGACCCGGGCGCCGGCGCUCGGAACGCCACUGCGGCGGCGCGGUCCUUCUCCACCACCUUCGCGUUCGCCAUCUACGGGCAGUACGCGGCGCUGAGCAGCCCCGGGCUGGCCUUCCUCGUGUCCGCGGGCAGGGAGGCGCUGUCCACCGCGCUGCCAGGCAAGUUCCUGGGCCUCCUCAACGUCACCGACAACGGCACCCCCGGCGCGCGCGUCUUCGCCGUGGAGCUGGACACGCUCCUCAACGCCGAGUUCCAGGACAUCAACAGCAACCACGUCGGCGUCGACGUCAACAGCCUGAGGUCCGUCGACGCCGCCUCCGCGGGGUACUACGACGACGCCACGGGGCAGUUCCGGAACCUGAGCCUGGUCAGCCGGAGCCCGAUGCAGGUCUGGGUGGACUACGAUGGCGGGUCCAGGCAGGUCACCGUGUCCAUGGCCCCUCUGGGCGUGGCCAGGCCCACGAGGCCGCUGCUGCGGACCGCCGUCGACCUCUCCGACGUGGUGAUGCGGGGCACGGCGCUCGUCGGGUUCGCGUCGGCGACAGACGUCCUCUUCUCGCGCCACUUCGUGCUCGGCUGGAGCUUCGCGCUGGACGGCCCGGCGCCAGCGCUGGACAUCGCGGCGCUGCCAGCCCUGCCGCGUGCGUGGCCCAAGCCACGGUCUAGGGUGCUGGAGAUCGUGCUCCCCAUAGCGUCAGCGGCGCUGGUGCUGGCCCUGUGCGUGGCGAUCUACUCCAUGGUGCAGCGGCGGCUCAAGUACGCCGAGCUGCGUGAGGACUGGGAGGUCCCGUUCGGGCCGCACCGGUUCUCGUACAAGGACCUGUUCCAUGCGACCAAGGGGUUCAGUGACAAGCAGUUGCUCGGGGCAGGAGGGUUCGGCAGCGUGUACAAGGGAGUUCUCCGCAAGUCCGGCACGGAAGUCGCGGUGAAGAAGGUGUCCCAUGAGUCUAGGCAGGGGAUGAAGGAGUUCAUCGCCGAGGUCGUGAGCAUCGGACGGAUGCGGCACCGCAACAUUGUGCAGUUACUCGGCUACUGCCGGCGGAAAGGCGAACUUCUCUUGGUGUACAACUACAUGCCGAAUGGUAGCUUGGAUAAGUACCUUUAUGAUCAAAGCAAGGGCGCGCUAGAUUGGCCUCGACGACUCCACAUCAUCAGAGGCGUGGCGUCCGGGCUGCUGUAUCUCCAUGAGGAGUGGGAGAACGUCGUCAUCCAUCGAGAUGUCAAGGCAAGCAACGUUCUGCUAGACGACGAGAUGAAUGGGCGGCUAGGAGAUUUCGGCCUCGCGAGAUUGUAUGAUCACGGAGCAGGUGCGCAGACAACGCAUGUGGUCGGCACCAUGGGGUACCUGGCCCCUGAAUUAGCGCACACCGGCAAGGCAACUCCGGCAACAGAUGUCUUUGCUUUCGGGGCGUUCCUCCUGGAGGUCACUUGCGGACGAAGGCCAGUCGAGCAACACGAGCAGAACAACUGUGUUGUCCUUGUCAACUGGGUAGCUGAGCAUUGGCAGAGAGGCUCCAUCAUCGAGGCCGUGGACACGAUGUCUCCAAGGGGGUUUAACCCUGAAGAGAUCUCUCUUGUGCUAAAACUUGGGCUUAUGUGCUCGCACCCGUUGCCCAACGCAAGACCAACCAUGCGACAGGUCAUGCAGUAUCUGGAUGGUGAUAUUUCGCUUCCGGAUUUGUCACACACCUACAUCAGCUUCACCAUGCUGGAUCGGAUGUAUAGCAGGGAGCUGUGUGUCUCAUUGACUAGUGUGGGUGCCAUUUCUGAUCUCUCCGGGGGAAGGUGAUCAGGCGCGGCACUCGCUGUAUGAGUGCUCUGGUUGUUGUGGGUUCUUCUCCACACUUUGGUUAUAUCACCUGUCACAUAUAAUAAAGAUCAUUGCCGGUCGCCUUGAAUUUUUUCUU